ACAUAUUUAGAGAGAGAGAGAGAGAGAGAGAGAUGGGGACCCCGAGAGAAGAAGGGAGGAGGUGUGCAUUAAUUUGAAGAGGAGGAUAAAAGGAGAGAUGAAAUGGGCUAUUGUUGAGCACUUCUCCAACACCAGUAGUGAAGUACUUGUUAAUUUAGGCGGAAAAAGGGUGCUGUUUGGGACAGACGAGUGAAGAUUCAAGCACUGACAUUUGUAGUUCUUCUGCAUUUUCCUUCUCUUCAGUUUUGUUCUUCGUCUCUGUCUCUACUCUCUUGUGGGUAUUGUUUUUUUUUUUCACCUCCAUAGUCCAUAUCCUCUUGAGAUGAUGGAAGGAGAUGAAGGGACAUCUAGUACAACAAAUGAAAAGAGAGGAAGGUUUAAAAGGAUCUGUGUCUUCUGUGGUAGCAGAGCUGGAUUUAAAUCCACAUUCAGUGAUGCAGCUCUUGAGCUCGGCAAACAGCUGGUUGAGAAAAAGAUUGAUUUGGUCUAUGGUGGUGGAAGUGUAGGUCUUAUGGGGUUAAUCUCUGAGACUGUUCUUAGGGGAGGCUGCCACGUUCUUGGUGUAAUUCCUAAAGCUCUUAUGCCAAACGAGAUAUCAGGAGAAACCAUUGGAGAGGUGAAAACAGUUGCAGACAUGCAUCAAAGGAAGUCAGAAAUGGCAAAACAUGCCGAUGCUUUUAUCGCCCUUCCUGGUGGCUAUGGAACCAUGGAAGAACUAUUGGAGAUGAUUACUUGGGCACAGCUAGGAAUUCAUGAAAAACCAGUGGGAUUACUGAAUGUAGCUGGGUAUUACAACAGCUUGCUCACAUUGUUUGAUAAAGGAGUGGAGGAAGGUUUCAUAGAGGGCUCUGCAAGACAGAUUGUGAUUUCUGCAGAGACAGCAGCAGACCUGAUAAAGAAAAUGGAGGAGUAUGUGCCAGUCCAUGAUAGGGUUGCACCCAGACAAAGUUGGGAAGUGGACCAGUUUUUAGAGGAGUCUACUAAAAGUGGGGAAGCUCUAGCAUCAUAAAUAUCUUAAUCACCUAGUAUAUAAGAUAUAUGUGUGUGUGCGUGCGUGUGCGUGCGUGCGUGUUGGUGCAUGUAGUUCCAUUUAGAUUAAAAGGAGACUAGCAAAAAAGAUAGCCAUCUCUCUCUCAAAAAAAGUGGGGAAGUGAGUGAAACCAUGAUCAUCCACUUGUAUACUCAUGACAUCUUUAUAGUUCCAUUUAAAUAAAUUAUACUUAAUUAGAAAGAAAA